AUGAUACCACUCGGGACCGAACGACGGCUACUAGUCACAGACGCGGAUGCCCAGGGGAGGCUGCUAUUUAUUGUGCUCUGUGCGGUCACGGCCGCGCUGCUCGUCGUCUUCGUCGCCCUCCUCGCCUUCCUCAUCUCCCGCCGCUAUCGAGCUGCCCGUUCGGCUGCCCCCGCGGAGACAGCGCAGAAGCUGCCGCUGAGGGCCAUCUGGAGAGCGACGUCGAGCCUGGGGGUGGCGCAGCAGGUGGGGGAGGGGGACUUUGGGCGCGCGUACCUGGGGGAGCAUCGCGGGGAGCCCUGGCUCGUCGUGGUCUCCACGUCAGACAACAUUGACGUCAUCAAAGCGUUCCGGAGGGAGGUCGACACCCUGGGUCCCGUGUCACACCCGUCACUGGUGCGCCUGGUGGGGUGGGCGGAGGAGGUGGGGCGCAACAUGCUCGUGUACAACCACCCCGCCCCGCUGCCGCCCUCCCCCGCCAUUCCCCCCUCCCCUUCUCCCCCCACCUUCCGCCGGGGCGGUGGCUCUUUUGCUGGCGGCUCUAAGAGAAUUGCUGCUGCCGCCGCUGGUGCUGGUGCUGGUGGUGCUGCUGCUGGUGGUGCUGGUGCUUCUUUUGCGCGGGCCAGCAUUAUGGGUGCCGGCGGUGGUGCGCACGCCAGUCGUAUCUUUGACGCUCUGGGCUCUGCUGCUGCCGCCGCUGGUGGCGCCGCUGCCAUCCGCGGUGAUGUUGCUGGCGCUGAGGAGGCAGCAGGCGGGGGCACGCUUCUCGAGUAUCUGCUUCGGCAGCAGCAGACUGGCGCAAUGGCAGACACCGCGCUGUCGCUCUCCUUUGAGCGGCGGGUGGACAUAGCGCACAGCCUAGCCGCGGGCCUACACCACCUGCACUGCUGCGUGGACCCGCCCAUCGUGCACCGCCAAGUCAACUCCGGCAACGUGCUGCUGCAGCCGCGCUGGCCCCACAGCGCCGACUCCCCUUUGGUGCACCGCCAAGUCAAUUCUGUCUGUGUUGCUGCUGCCACCCACAUGGACCCGCCCUUGCUGCACCGCCAAGUCAACUCUUCCAAUGUGCUCCUGCAGCCGCGCUGGCCCCACGUGAGUGCUGCCUCUGCGUUGUGGUUGACUCGGAAGUCACUUUGCUGGCCGCAUUAUACUGCUGCUGCUGCCACUCUCACCCUAUGCCAGUGCUGCUCAUUCUGCUUCCUCCUCCUCAUCCGCCUCUACCAGUUCUCUAUUCUGUUUGCACUCACUGCAUCUCAACAAUCCUCUCAACCUCACAACAAUCCUUUCAAGCCCCCCCAUGGCUCCCCAUUCCUUCCCCAGGCGCGUCUUGCCAACGUGGGCAAGGCGCGGCUGGCCAACGUGGGGGAGGUGAAGGGGCUGCCCUACGUGCCGACCAUUCACGGGUGGCGCAACCGGGUGGCAUACAUUGACCCGGAGUACUUUGUCGCGCUAAGGGCAUCUGCUGCCAGUGAUGUGUACAGUUUCGGCAUAAUCCUGUUCGAGCUCCUAACCGGCCAGCCAGCGGAGCAGAUCGAGCCGGCCACGGGCCGCCGCGCCUACCUCAACAUCUCCGCGCUCACCGCGCUCAUCCGCGCGCACCACCUCCCCCCUCUCCUCGACCCCGCGCUGCCCUUCCCGCCCACGCCCGCGCCCACCGCGCUGCAAGCGCUCGCGUCCCUCGCGGCGGACUGCACGGUGCGCUCCGCGAAGCAGCGCCCAGACGCGUCCGCCGUGCUGCUACAAAUGGAAGGGAUACGAGAAGCGGUGCAGAACGGUCUAGCGGUGCAGGGCCGCGGGGGCGACCACCUCUCGCUCUCCAUACCUGGCUCGCUCGCCGAGGCGGAGGCUCGGGGGAGGCUUGGCAGCAGAGGCGGGGAGGUGGUGGGCGGGUCGGGCAGGGAAUGGGGGUCGGCUGGGGAGUUGUCCGCCUCGCAAGGGUCGUCUAGGUGGAGCGCAGGGGGGCCUCCGUCCGUUGACUCUGGAAGCGGCAUGAGCGGCGGAGGAAGCUUCUCAGAAGGCUCAUCUGCGUUUUAUUCUGGCGAGCAACCCCGCGGGAUAGUCGCCUCGUCGUCCUACCCGCAGGCGCUCUCCUCUCUGCCCCACCAACCGCCCUCCCCGCAUCCACCCCCCUCCCCCCAUAUACCCAUCAAGCGCCCCUCCCUGCCGCGCACGCACACUGCCCCGCUCGUCGCCCCCAGUCUCCUCCCGACGCUCCCCCUGUUCGAAGCGCCGCACUUCUCCUUCCAGGCGCUGCAGCAGGCCACUGAGGGGUUCGCCCCGCACAGGCUGCACCGGCAGGCGCACCUGGGGGAGGUGUAUCUGGGGACGAUCAAGGCCGUGGGGGAGGUGAUGGUGGUGCGGCAGAUGGCGCCUGGGGCGGGGGAAGGGGGGAGCACGGGGGGAGGGGGGAGCUUCGGGGGAGAUAAGCGUGGUGUGGGGGGGCGGAGCGGGGAAUCUGGGAGGGGAGCAGAGUGGGGGGCGCGGGAGGAGGCGCGGGAGCGGGAGAGGGAGAGGGAGAGGGAGAGAGACGUGUGGGUGAGCCGCACAAUAGCAGAGGCGCACGCGUUGAGGAGAGUGGUGCAUCGCAACCUGGUGACUCUGCUGGGAUUCACCGUCACCACGGACCAAUGCCUGCUUGCUUUCAACCACACCGACGCUCCUGACCUCUUCCACUCGCUGCACCUGUCUGAGGUGGGUCAUCUGGUCGUUUCUGUGCUGGGAUUCACCGUCACCACGGACCAAUGCCUCCUCGCGAUGAUCCUGACCUCUUCCACUCGCUGCACCUCGCAGGUAGGGCAUGCGGCAGGUGGGACAGUGGUUGUGUGCGGUGAACAGGUGUGCGAGGCGCGGGUGCACGUGGCGUACGGUGUGGGGGAGGGGCUGCUGCAGCUGCACGUGUGCUCGCACCCCCACAUCCUGCACGGCGCGCUCGUCUCCCGCAACGUGCUGCUGCCUCGCGGCCAGCCCCCCCAGCUAUUCGACUUUGGCAUGUCACACUUCGCGGAGACCCGCAACGACGACUUUGCCUCGCCCUACUCCCAUGCCUAUAUGGCCCCAGAGUGCGCCACGACAGGCGAGACGGACAAGACCACCGACAUGUACGCCUAUGGCGUGCUGCUUCUUGAGCUCAUUUCCGGGAAGCUUCCAUACGACGAUGCUCGUGAUCCGCUGCAGCUGAGUGACUGGGCACGGCAACAGGACUGGAGCAGCGCAGAGUCAAUAAAGGAGCUGGUGGAUCCGCUUCUAGAGGGGAUGUACAAUGAGGAUGAAGUGCUCGUAUUGGCGUCCCUUGCAAUGAGAUGCAUCAAUGUGGAUAAGAGGGAGCGGCCGACGAUCAAAGAGCAGGUGACUUUCUUCCGCGUCACGCGCGUCGUCGCCGCGAUGGCGCGGCUGUGCCUCUUACUGAUUGCGCUCGUCGUCGCUGUCGUCUCUGUUACCAAUGUCGCGUGCGUUCACGGCUUGCCUUCCGCGCACGCGCUCGCUUCAGGCGAAGAAUCGCAGACGUUGAAUGUUGUUUUGGCGAAGAAAACUCCCCUCAGACGGCGAAUUCUCCAGGCCAAGAAGCGCCUUCGCCGCAAGCAGCAGCUGGACGACGGUCCGGGAAGCGCAUUGGCGGAAGAAACCCCGCGGAAGGCCAAGAAGGGCGCUGGGGGCGCUGCAGCGGCCGCGGAGGGAGGCGCGCAGCCGCAGCCGCAGCUGGACACGAUCCCCGCGCAGCUGCCCGCGCAGAUCCCCGAAACCCCCCCCAGUACCGCCAGUCUCCUCGACCCCGUGCCCCUCGACGUGCCCUCCGCGUCCGACCAGCCGUCCCUCUCCACGCCCUCCGCGCUCUCCGCGUCCCCUGGUGGAGGCCCCGCCGACUCCCCCGCGGACGAGCUCGCGGGGCUGACCCAGCGCGUGGCCAAGAGCGUGCGGGACGUGCGGGGGUAUGCCAAGCUCAAUGUGUCCACUGCGACCGUGCAGCAGGUGUGCGAGAUGGUGGACCAUAACCUGGCGCCAUGGACGCGCAUCCCCCAAAUCCGUGAUGGCAUGGGCUCUGCAGGCAUGGUGGCGCCCAGCCUCAUCAAGACCAUCAGCCAGCGCACCCGGUUCAUGUCGUGUGCGGGCCAUGUGAGGGUGGUGGACGGGUCAGUCUAUUUCCGCCUGGGCGGCUUCAUCACCGUCCCCUACCGCGUCAGGCGAUUUCUGCAAACCAUCCAGACCAUCCAGCGCGCAGUCGACUUCUACAACCUGGCGGCCAUGCGGGCGGAGUUUUUUGUCAACACGUGCGACCUGCCCAUCAGCUACGACAGCGACGUGGGCGGCAGCCGCCCGGUGGGGUUCCCCUUGUUCAGCACGCGUGUGGUGCCCGGCUCAGUGGACGUGGCCAUUCCAGACCCCCUCGACCUACCUGAGAACGUGGAUCUACCCGAGAAUGUUGAGGUGCCGUGGGAGGAGAAGGAGAACCGCGCUGUGUUCCGCGGGACGGCCAGCAGCUUCCCGUUUGAGGACUCGCAGAACUGGCGGGCGCACCCCCUCAUCCGCCUGCACAGGAUGGCGGAAGCGCGCCCAGACCUGCUGGAUGUGAAGCUGAUCGGGUGGAGCCGAGACAUUGAUGGGGACGUGCGCAAGAGGAUGGAGGCGGAUGGAGUGGCAAUGGUGGGGCGCCCCUCACUCUCCUCCGACCCUCCAAUGAGCAAGUUCAAGUACCAGAUUGUGUCAGGCCUGCCCUCCUCGCACCAGACCUGUGCCAUCCUCGCAAGAGGCGAGCAGGUGGCCAUCCGGCAGGCCUCCCCCUACGCGGAGUUCUUCACGCCACUCUUAAAGCCCUACGUGAACUUCAUCCCGGCCAACCGGCACUUUGACAACCUCAUUGAGAAGCUGCGGUGGGCGCAGAGCCACGACAACCACGUGCACCACAUGGUGGCCGCUGCUAAACGGGCGGCAAAGUGGGCAUGCACGCGUCACGGGCACACAUUCUACUGGGCCAUCCUCCUUAUAAAGUACUCCAAGAACGCGUUACAAAACCCAAAAACGAUCAAGGCCCCGAUCAACACACUCUGCCAGGACCCCCUCGAUCCUGCCCUCCUGGAAAUGGCCGGGCUUGCUCCCGCCUCCCCCUCCUCCUCUGCCUCGCUCUCUCUCCCGGACUCCUGGCCCCCCGUGUGCUCGCCUGACAACAUUGACCGCAGCGCUCAGCCCAAGUGUGUGUAUUACUGCAAAAAGGGGAUUAUCCCCGGUAAGAGCUUCGUCUGGGUUUCGGCAGAAGCCCUCAACGCUGGUGGCGGGGCACAGUCAGCGUAA